AUGGCCUCCACCCAUGCCUCGCUCGAUGCGGCAGCGGCAGAGCGCAAAGCUCGUCUUGCGAAGCUUGCAUCGUUGAAACGGAAGAAGCCAGAAUCAGAGCCCCAGGCAGAAGCUCAAGCUCAAGAUGAGAUGAAGGAGGAUACCUUCGAUGAGGUCGCAACAAAAUAUCUCUCGGGAAGGAAUUAUGACGCGGAGACCCGUGGCCCAAAGUUGGGUUUCGAUCAAUCCCCACUCGACGGACAGGCUACGUUGGAAGCACAAGCCGCCGAAAUAGCGAAAGCAACGGCAGAGCAGGCGAAAAAGGAUGACGAGGGGGGACCAGCCGAUCGAUCUAUUCAAGCUACAGCCCAAGAAGCCCAACUGGGAUCUCAAACGGGAUCUUAA